AAAGCAUCACUCGUUACUUCAUCCCAGGAAAACAAUUACGGAAGAACAGCAGCAGAGAGAGAAUACACACACCCAUGAGAGUAAAAAUAUUACCACACAUUUUAUAAAACAUGAACCUGGUCAAGUACUGUUGGCUACAGCACUGGUAGAUGUCUCUCAGGAGAAUGGCCAAACACACGUCUACCGUGCCUUGCUAGACCAGGGUUCACAGGCCUCGUUCGUAACUGAGGACUUUGUUAAGUCCUCAGGUCUGAAGCGAUUUAAAAUCAACGAUGAGGUCAUCGGACUCGGUGAAGAGAGCGGAUUACGUAUGAAAAACGUAGUCGAGUUAAGAUUACGCUCAAGAGUUGAUCCACACUUCACGAUGUCCGUAAAAGCAUAUGUCUUGAAGAGUAUAACGAACAACCUACCUUCACAAAUAUGUACCAUCACGGACUGGUCGGAACUACAUACCAUCGCCUUAGCAGAUCCAACAUUCAACGUGCCUAAUAAAAUAGAUAUGUUACUUGGGGCUGAAGUUUAUUCAAAUGUAAUAGAUCACGGUUUGUUGAGGAGUUCGACAGGAACUAUUGCACAAAAAACGAAAUUGGGUUGGGUUCUAUCUGGAAAUGCAACAGCGACCCCCUCCGGAAGAUCAUAUACCCGAGUUGUAAAUGCUGACAACACACAACUGCGGGAGUUACGACACCGGGGGUGGGAGCGUAAUCAAAAGAAAGAGAAGACACAAUCUGGAAGGGUUGACAUUAAUAUACCAUGGUGGGCGGUGAAGAACAGAGUUCUUGGUGGGCGGAAUGUUGGCGUCGUUUCUGCUCCGCCCUAA